AUGGAGAAGGAGAUGAAGCUGCAACACUUUAGCCACAUACACCCACUGAUCUUCACCAAAGAGCAAGUUAAUGAAGGCGAGGAAAUUAAUUGUUCAGGGUGUGAGAAAGCAGUGUUGGGUCCAAGCUACAACUGUUGUAAAUGCAAGUUUUCCCUUCAUGAGAUAUGUGCAAAGCUACCGUUUAAGAUCAAUCAUCCUUUCCAUCGCAACCACCCUCUUAUUCUUCAGUCUGAGCCACCUACUCAGUACACCGAAUGUCUCUGUGAUUUUUGUGAUAAAACUUGCAAUAGCUUUGUCUACCGUUGUUUUACUUGCAAGUUUGACCUUGACAUACCAUGUGCUUUGCUGCAACCGCGAGAAACCGGAGAUUUCCUAGAGCUUGAGCGUUUCAGCCACAAACAUCAGUUGAUAUUCAUUGAGAAUCAUGUUAGUCAAGGCAAAGAAGUUAGUUGCUCUGGAUGCAAGGAAAUGGUUUCCGGUCCUGGCUACAGUUGCUCCCACUGCGAGUUCUUCCUUCAUAAGAAAUGUUAUAUGUUAGCCCCGGAGAUUAAUCAUCCCUACCAUCGUGAACACUCUCUUAUUCUUUUGACAAAUCUACCACCUUCUUAUUCGAGUUGUGUUUGCGAUUUUUGUCAUAAAACUUGUCAAGGAUUUGUUUACCAUUGUCCUUCUUGCAAGUUCGAUCUUGACAUCGAAUGCGCUUUCUUGCCUCUAUGCAUCACUGAACCUGAAAGUCAUAGACACCAGUUCAUCCACCUGAUGAAGGCACCCUCGUUUAUAUGUGAUGCCUGUGGCGUUAAGGGUAACCAUCACCCAUAUUUAUGUACUCUGUGCCAAGUAAUAGUCCAUGAAGAAUGCAGAUUUUUAUCGCACACCAUCAAAAUAAUAGGCCACCGUCAUCCUGUCACACAAUUCUACUUCCUUCAAGGAAGUAAGUACAGUAAGCAACAUUGCGGCAUUUGUCACAAUGAAGUGAGCUCAAACUAUGGUGGUUAUGGUUGCCUUGGCUGCAAUUUUGUUGCUCAUGUGAACUGUGCAGCGGCAAAUUCUGUUUCUAUGGAUGAAACUUUGCUGAAGAGUGAAGGUCAAGAUGAAAACAUAGUCUUCAGAUCAGAUGAAUCCUCUAACUCAAUCACAGAUAUCAUCAAAGAGAUCAACCUUGAAGGGGAUAUGGUAGCUAUAGUGGUCAAGCAUUUUAGCCAUCCACAUAAGUUAACCCUCAAUGAAAAGGUCAACGAUGAUAAGCUUUGCGAUUGUUGCAUAACACCCAUCUUAGAACCAUUCUACAGUUGUCUAGAGUGCGACUUGUUCCUCCACAAAACCUGCCUUCAAUUGCCUAAAAGGAAGGAACAUCCUCUUCACCCACAUCCCUUGACCCUUCUUCCAAAUCAUCCUAAUUUUGAAGGCUUGUUCUUCUGCGAUGCUUGUCAUCAACGCUGCCAUGGCUUCACCUACAAUUGUGACCCAUGCAAUUUCAACCUUGAUGUCCGGUGCGGUUCAUCACCAAACACCGUUAAACAUGAAGCACAUGAGCAUCCCCUUAUAUUCAGUAAAGGAACCGAAUGCAUUGACUGCAGUGCUUGUGGUUACGGUAAUGACUACUUUUACUCGUGCUUUGAUUGCAACUUUGCCUUAGACUUCAACUGUGCUUCUUUACCACAUACGGUGAGGCAUAGGCACCAUGGACACCCUCUUGAUCUCACUUACCAAGAUAGCGCGGAUCAAAAUUACUGCAACAUUUGUGAAGAAGAAAGAAACCCAAAGCACUGGUUCUACUGCUGCAAAACAUGCAACUUUUAUGCUCAUCCUAAAUGCGCUACUGGGCAGUAUCCGUACAUCAGGCUUGGAAAAACAUAUCCCUAUGAAGCUCACCCACAUCCUGUUGCCUUUGUCCAUAAGACAAGGAGCCACCCUCCGUGCAGUAGAAGUGGUAACCCUUGCAAAGGCCUGGCCCUUGAAUGUACUAAGCCUCAGUGCAAUUUUAUCAUUGAAUGGUGUCAUGUAGAAAUCCUCCAUUUCUAA